AUGCCGUACUACAAAUACCCCAACACAUACACCGCUGCAGUGUUGGCUAAGCGAAUCCAACAACGGGCUAUCCUCAGGGAUGAUCUUCGUUGCUUACGUGGGAGGCAGCGAAUUUCCUCCAUCGUAUGCAAAAAGUGUAUUAUACAUGACGUCGCUAAGGAUCUAUUUCACGACGGUGUUUUCUACACUUACGAUCCAAAAACGCUACUAGCAAGGCUUGGAGAUGGAAGCCACAUGACUCCGGUUGGAUUAGAAAUGAUGCGGUCAUCUUAUAAGAAAAUUUUAGAUAAACUUUUAUCGGUUCUUCCGAAU